CUGCCGUGCGAUGUUUUGGCCGCGUCUCCUGCCGCUGGCACGUGCUCUCGGUGCAGCAUAUGUGCUCUGGGUCUGAGUGCGCGUGCCAUUCCGUGGGAUCCGUUUGGCUCCCGGUUUCCAUCCAGCCUGGCACUCUUAACGGCCUUCUGCUUUCUCGCCUGUGGAGGAUCUUCGCCAUCUGACAGGCAGCAGCAGCAGGCCGACCACGGUGGCGCUGGGCCCACUCUAACCGUAUCGCGGCCAGUGGCAGCGUCCGCAUCGCCCUCCAGCAUUCUGGCCCCCCCUCUCCCCCCUCCCUGCCCGUCGGCCCUUAAGAGCAGCAGGACCAUGAUGCUCAGCAGCUCGGUGGAGGUGCCCAGCCCGGGCGGGAUGAGCGGCCUGGGCGGGCUGAGCGUGGCGGCCCGCAACGUGGUGCGCUCCUCCAGCAUCUCGGGCGCCAUGUACAGCCUGGACAAGAGCCCCACCGGCGGGGGGGCCGACUCGGCGUCGCUGGCGGGCAACAAGAAGCGGCGCUCCAGCCUGGGUGCCAAGAUGGUGGCCAUUGUGGGGUUGUCACAGUGGAGCAAAAGCACACAGCAGCUCAACCAGCAAGGCUCACUCUCCCUCCUCGGUGGCGGCACUCAUGCUUUAUUCAAAAUCGUCUAUCAUCAUCAUCAUCUCAACUCCCCGAAGUCUCAUCGGGUGGCUCUGUUUGCCUUCGUUUGGCUCCAUAGCGAUGGAGGCGAGGCAGAAUUGUCUGUCACCGUCAUGGCGAUGAGACGGGCGCGCUCCUUCCGGGGCCAGCUGCUCUACAGCUCCCUCUUGUUCUCCUGCCGUCAGCAGGGAUACGGCGGGACAAAGAAGCUCCGCAGCACCAUCCGAAGGAGCACGGAGACCGGCAUCGCCGUGGAGAUGAGGAACCGGGUGACGCGGCAGGGCAGCAAGGACUCCACCGACGGCAGCACCAACUCCAACAGCUCCGACGGAACGUUCGUCUUCCCAACCACGCGCCUGGGGCCCGAGAGCCAGUUCAGCGACUUCCUGGAUGGACUGGGCCCCGCUCAAAUCGUGGGCCGGCAAACACUAGCAACGCCCUCUAUGGACAACCGCCGCUGCGCCACUCUGACCAACGUCCAGCUGCCAACCGGUUGUUUUUCCUGCUCUUUAGGGGACGUCCACGUCGGUAUGGUGGACAGAGGUGGACAGCUGGAGGUGGAAGUCAACCAGGCCAGAGGCUUAACUCCAAAACCCGGAUCCAAGAACAUACCAGCGACCUACGUGAAGGUGUAUGUGUUGGAGAACGGAAUGUGCUUGGCCAAGAAGAAAACCAAAGUAGUGAAGAAGACUCUGGAUCCCACAUACCAGCAGGCUCUGUUGUUUGAUGAGAGUCCUCAGGGCAAAGUCUUACAGGUAAUCGUAUGGGGGGAUUACGGACGUAUGGACCACAAGUGCUUCAUGGGAAUGGCCCAGAUCCUCCUGGAGGACCUGGACCUGUCUGCCACAGUCAGCGGCUGGUACAAGCUGUUCCCUACCUCCUCCCUGGCAGAUCCCAGCAUCGGACCCCUCACCAGACGCCUCUCCCAGUCCUCCCUGGAGAGCGCCACCAGCCCCUCAUGCACCUAG